GGCCAUCAUUGUUUAGAGAGCAACUGUGCAGUGAACAAGUGCGUGCGCUUAAUUCCGCAUCGAAAAGAUAAACCACCUUCCUCCCCAACAUCAGCAGCCGCAGUAGUGAAUCUUUCUUUAUCGACACACCAUUCUACGCAUUUUAAUAGCAAAGAUGAAGUUCCAGUACAAGGAAGAGCACCCGUUCGAGAAGCGAAAGGCCGAGGGCGACAAAAUUCGACGCAAAUAUCCAGACCGUGUGCCUGUGAUUGUCGAGAAGGCACCGAAAGCUCGCAUCGAUGACCUGGAUAAGAAGAAGUACCUAGUCCCGUCCGACCUGACCGUCGGCCAGUUCUACUUCCUGAUUCGCAAACGCAUCCAUCUCCGCCCGGAAGAUGCGCUGUUUUUCUUCGUGAACAACGUCAUUCCGCCGACGUCGGCCACCAUGGGCUCGCUGUACCACGAGCAUCACGAGGAGGACUACUUCCUCUACAUUGCCUACUCGGAUGAGAAUGUUUACGGUAGCGGCAGCAGCAGCAGCAGCAGCAGCAGCACCGCUGACAGCAGCAACUAAGCUACCAGCGAA